CAGGUGCCUACAGAUGUGGAGAAGUGCCAUGACAGAGUGGAGUGUUGCAAUGCUGACCUGAAGUCAGACUGGGACCGCUGGCAGAACAACAAGAGACAAGACUUCAGACAGUUACUCACUGGCAUGGCAGACCACAACAUCCAGUACUAUGAGAAGUGCCUUGCAGCGUGGGAGUCUGUCAUUCCACUAUUACGGGACAAGCAGCCACAGGAGACAGAAACAGAGGAAGACUGAGAGCCUGCCACUCUUCCUCUGGACAUUGCAUCUCAAACACUUCUCUACCGGAGUUACCGGUGUCAACAGACACUCUCUCAAAGGGAUAUUGCCAAGGAAAUGAGCCUUUGGGUCUACAGACAGAACUCUUUUCUAUUUGUGAAACCCAGUCCAUUCUGACGUCCCAUCUUGCCUGCUGGAACCCAGAAGAGCAGAGUGGAUGGAUGAUAUCAUGUCUGUCUGGAAGGCCCAUUUUGUUCCUUGUUGCACACCAAACUAGCCUUGGUCGUAUUCACUAGAAACCAAACGGGGGGGGGGCAGAAAGAAACCAGGAGGGACUACUUGAACUUGUCCAAUGUGCACUAAUGAAUGUGACUCUGACACCACAGACAGGCUGAAUUCCUGUUGUAAUUUUCUAGUCUGUUGAGAAAUGUUUGUUGCCAAUUAUCCUUUUUUUAUAUAAACGAUGCUGAUCUUUAA